GUACAACGAAGACCUGCCACAACUCUAGUUCUUUUCUUCUACGCUGCUCGAGGCCAGACUGAUUCUGGCUACUGCAUCCACUGUCGCUAAGCGCAGCCCAACCGGAUUGAUUGAUUGACUGAUUGAUUGAUUGAUUGAUAAACAUGAAGGGCAUCCAGAUCAAGGAAUAUGUCAAGGGUCCAGAAGACCUCAGGGUCCAGUCGUUUCCAGACCCUGUGCCCAAAGACAAUGAAUACCUGGUCGCCAUCCAUGCUUCCGCAACCAACUUCUUCGACCUGCUGCAGAUUCGCGGCAAGUACCAGCACCAGCCGCCUUUCCCAUGGAUCGCAGGCUCGGAGUUCUCUGGCAUAGUCGCGAAGGCUCCCUCGUCAUUGCCGGGCGGCCGAACACCGCUGUACAAGGUUGGCGACAGGGUCUUUGGCGCAAGCCAAGGUGGAUAUGCUACACAUGUUGCAUGCACGGAAGAGCGACUGAAGGGCGUGCCUGAGGGCUGGAGCUUCGCUGAGGCAGCGGGCAUGUUCGUGACUGCGCCUACCAGUUACGCUGGGUUGGUCACCAGGGCCAACAUCAAAAAAGGCGACUGGGUGCUUGUCCACGCAGCUGCCGGCGGUGUCGGUCUCGCAGCAGUACAGAUCGCGAAGGCUUUCGGCGCAACUGUCAUCGCGACCGCGGGCACGCAGCACAAGCAGGAUAUCGCCCGCAAAUUCGGCGCCGAUUAUGCCGUCGACUACCGCAAGCCAGACUGGCCUGAGCAGGUCAAGAAGCUGACCCCCAAGGGCCGCGGCGUCGAUAUUGUGUACGACCCUGUUGGUCUUAUCGCACAGUCCAUGAAGUGCACAGCGUGGAAUGGCAGGCUGCUGGUCGUUGGAUUCGCUGCUGGUGAUAUCGAGAAGAUGGCCACCAACCGCAUCUUGCUGAAGAACGUCAGUGUCGUUGGCUUGCACUGGGGCAUGUAUACGGUCCACGAGCCUGAGAUGGUCGACAGGGUGUGGGACGGCAUCUUCGAGUUGGUGCGAGAGGGCAAGUACAGGGGUACCUGCUACACAGACACCGAGUACGUUGGGCUGGAGAGUGUGCCAGCUGCAUUGAAGGCACUGGGCGGUCGAGACAGCUGGGGCAAGGUAGUUGUCAAGGUUCCGCAGGAAGGGCAGAGUAAGAUCUAGGCUGUGGGAGCGUUGAGUUGGCCUUGCACGUACCGAAUGCCAAAUCGAGCAUCCAUG